GUACUUCAACAAGCUGAGUCAUCCACUGAGUCUCUAUGAUACUUCCAGUUCCUUUCUCACCUACUUUACAAUAAUUUCUCUCUAUAAAUUCAAGUCUUCAAUUUCGUUCACAGCUAUUCAUCUGCACUCUAAUUUUUAUAGCUUUCAAUAUCAUUCCUUGUUUUACUCAGCUUUCUGUCCAUCGAUGGCAACUCCCCCAAUCGCUCAUGAAUCUUUUUCUUGGGAAUACGAUGUUUUCUUGAGCUUCAGAGGUGAGGAUACACGCAAAACUUUUACUGAUCAUCUUUACACUGCGCUGUAUCAAACUGGAAUUCGUACAUUUAGAGAUGAUGAAGAACUCAGAAGGGGUGAAUAUCUUGCUCCUGAGCUCACGAGAGCGAUUCAAAAUUCGAGAAUCUCUAUGAUAGUCUUCUCAAAAAACUAUGCAUCCUCUAGGUGGUGCCUUGAUGAAGUUUUGCAAAUUGUGGAGUGUAAGGAGAAGGGAAAACAAAUAGUUUUUCCCAUUUUUUAUGAUGUUGAUCCUUCUGAAGUGCGUAAGCAAAAUGGGAACUAUGGCUUGGCUUUUGCAAAGCACGAAGAACGUUUUGGGAAAGGUGAUAAAGUACAAAAGUGGAGAGAUGCUCUCACUAAAGUUGCAGAUAUGUCGGGAUGGGAUUUGCAAGGCAUCAACAAUGGAUAUGAAUCCAAGUUUAUCAAUGCAAUAAUCAAGGAGGUUCGGUUGAUAGUAAGACAAGUACCCAUGUUUGUGCCUAACACGGUAGGACUUGAUUAUCGUGUUGAGCAUGUGGUUCAGUUAUUGCUUGGAGAACCUCAUGAUGGUGUCCGUAUGAUUGGGUUACAUGGUAUGGGAGGUAUUGGGAAGACAACUCUUGCAAAAGCGGUCUAUAACAGGCUUUUUGUAUAUUUUGAAAGGAGCUGCUUUAUAGAGAUAGAUUCAACAACUUCAGGGCAACAAGACAAUCAGAUAAAAACUAUACAAAAGCAGCUUUUUAAGAAGCUUUUUAAUGAGGAGAUCGACAUUGGCAGUAUAGACGAAGGAAUCAUGUUGAUGAAAAGGCGACUUCAAGCAAGAAAGUGUCUUAUUGUCCUUGAUAAUUUGGAGCAUAGAAAUCAAUUUAAUAAAUUAUGUGGAGGACGAGAUUGGUUUGGUGGAGGAAGUAGACUUAUUUUAACCACAAGAGAGGCACAUGUUUUUAAAGAGUUGAAUGUGGACGAACAUUAUGAAGUUAAGGUAUUGAACCAUGAGGAGUCUUUGCAGCUGUUUAGUCUACAUGCAUUUGGAGAGCCUGCGUUGCAAAAUGAAGAUUAUAAUAAGCUUCUAGAUGACAUAGUUGCUUAUUGUGAGGGACUUCCAUUAGCUCUUGAAGUUUUAGGGGCUUAUCUGUGUCAUAAAUCGAAAAAGGAGUGGGUUAGUGCAUUUGAAAAAUUGAAAGGAAUUCCUCAUAAUGACAUUCAAGCUAAACUUAAGAUUAGUUAUGAUGGGCUUCCAGAUGAUCAUAUAAAAUCUCUUUUUCUUGAUCUUGUUUGUUUCUCCGGUGGAGUUUCUAAGGAGAAAAUUGAUAACAUGGGGUAUUUCUCAGACAUUGAAAUUCAAGACUUGGUUGACAAAUGCUUGCUAAAUUUUGAUGAGUGGUCUGAGAUUAGUAUGCAUAGCUUAAUUCGAGAGAUGGGGAGAGAAAUUAUUCGUUCGGAGUCACCCAACAAUCCUGGUGAGCGUAGUCGAUUGUGGUGUCCUUAUGAUAUCCAUGAUGUGCUUAUAGGGGAAAAGGGUACAAAAAAGAUUGAGGUGAUUGUAUUCAACUAUUCUCCUAUGAAAAAUGUGAAGUACAAUACAAAAGCAUUUAAGAACAUGGAGAAUUUAAGAAUUCUUGAAAUUGAUGAAGUCCAUCUUGAUGGAAAAUUCAAACAUCUAUCCAGUUCCAAGGUGCUUAGAUGUUUGCAAUGGAAUCAUUGCCCUUUGAAAUCUAUCAAUUUUCCAUCAAAUGGUUUUUUUGAGAAGCUUGUGAGUCUGGAAAUUGGGAAUAGCAACAUCAAAGAAUUUAAAGCCCCUCUAAAGUAUUUUCCUUGUCUCGAGUCUUUGGAUUUGUCUUGGUGCAAACAUCUCACAAGGACUCCGAACUUUAGUGGCUGUCAUAAUCUCCGUAAGUUAUCAUUUCACUGUUGCUCAAGUUUGUUAAAGGUGCAUUCUUCCAUCGGAGAAUUGGGGAAAUUAGUUUCUUUAGAGUUUUUUCACUGUCAAAAGUUAAAGAAACUUCCAAAGAAUGUCAGCCAUUUGCGGUCACUGCAAGCUCUUAAUAUGUUCUAUUCGUUUGAACUUAAAGCAUCCCCUGAAAUUUUUGGAAAUUUAACCUCAUUACGAACACUAAGUCUUCAAGGCACCAGUACUUAUGGGGUGGUCUCCAACCUGUCUCAUUUGUUCAACCUUAAAUCAAUUAGCUUGAAUUUCUGCAAGGACCAACAAGUACUCCAACAACUUCCUCACACUGUUGAAGAGGUCUGUUUGUAUCGUUGUCACAAUCUAAAAAUGAUUCUAGAGCUUCCACUUAACCUUAGGAGUAUUCGUUUACAUAGUUGCAGAAGUCUUAAAAUUCUUCCAAAACUUCCUCCCAAUCUUGAGAGUAUUAGUUUAGAUGGCUGUGAAAACCUUGAAAUGCUCCCAAAACUUCCUCCCAAUCUUGAGGAAAUUGAAUUAGAUGGCUGUGAAAACCUUGAAAUGCUCCCAAAACUUCCUCUCAAUCUUAAGAGAAUUAGUUUAUCUAGUUGCAAAAACCUUAAAAUGCUCACAGAAUUUCCUCCCAAUCUUAGGAAGAUUUUUUUAGGUGGUUGUGAAAAUUUUGAAAUGCUUCCAGAACUUCCUCUCAAUCUUGAGAAAAUUAAGUUAGAUGAUUGGAAAAACUUAAAAAUGCUCCCAGAACUUCCUCCCAAUCUUAGAAAAAUUAGAUUAUAUAGGUGCAAUGAUCUUAAAAUGCUCCCAGUACUUCCUCUGGAUCUUUAUAAAAUUACUCUAUCUAGUUGCAGAAACUUUAAAAUGCUUCCAAAAUUUCCUCCCAAUGUUACUGAUAUCUUCUUAGAUGAUUGCCAAAACCUGAAAUUGCUCCCAGAACUUCCUCCAAAACUUCAAGAUCUUAGGGUUGAAAAUUGUGAGUUGAUUGAAAAAGUAUCAAACUUAUCAAAUUGUACGGGGUUGCGUCAUUUGCAUCUCAUCAAUUGCAAAAAGUUGAAGGAGUUUAAAGGUUGGGAGAAUCUUCAUUCCAUAAGGACAAUGGGGUUUGGAGGUGUUCCCCAUACCGAUUUCUCAGAAAGCAUUAAGGAGGUUUUAAAACGCUCCAUGAAUUCCAAUGGUUGUUUUGAUUGUAUUCUUACCUAUAAUGAAAUUCCUGGUUGAAUUGGAUUUCAGAAAGAAAGAUCUGUGGAAUAAAACAAGCAGAAAGAAGAAAGUUUUGGAGUGCAGGUGGAAGAAAAGAGAAGAAACUGGUAUUAUUGAAGAUCACACUACAAAAAAUCAGUCAUUUGGCAACAGAAUAUUAGCGCCACCAAUAUCUAACAGUAGCCUCCACAUCUGUCCUUGGUUACCGAGUACAUGGAUAUGGCAUCACUUUACUAUUUGAUUCAUUUAAGUGGUCAAAAGAAGCUGCUCAGCUGGCGGAGGAGACUUAAGAUGCUAUGUGACAUAUGCAGGCUAUUGUUUAUUAACUGACUGUUAUUUUCUAUCUGCGUACUAAGAGGGUUGAUGUGCAUUCAUCGCACCAAGAUAGUUCCUCGAGAUCUAAAAACUGCAAAUUGUCUUGUGAAUAAGCAUUGGACAGUAAAGAUAUGUGAUUUCGGUCUCUCAGGGCUAAUGACAGAUGCACCUGUGAGAGACAUCACGCCUCCGAAGUGAGGUGGAGGGUGUCAUUUCAACGAGUUUGACCGUUGGGUUACUUCACUUCUUGAGAAGUAUGAGGUUGAUCCAAAGUAAAUUGGUAGACUGGAAGUUGGAAGUGAGAUCGUUAUACACAAAAGCAAAUCAAUCAAGACAUUCUUGAUGCAAAUAUUUGAGGUCUUAACAUUGUUCACAGGGGUUCCCUUGGAGAAACAAGUAGUAGUUUGUUCUAAUUUGGGCAUAUUAUCUGCUUGCAAUAUGGCCAUUACAGAUGGAUAUUUGUGAUUCGGAAGCUGGAAGCCUGGAAUUGAGCUUUUGGGGAUAUUAUAUGCUUUCAUGGCACACCGGAUUUUCUGCUAUGGCAAUAGCAGAAGUCUGUCCAAGAAUAAGAGAGCUUAGCCAUGAUCAUCAACUUCCGAGGCUUCAAGUAAAUGGGUUAUCCAUUAUAUUUCACAAGUUGCAGUAACAAGGGCUCUAUAUUCUGCCUCAGAAGAGGAUUUCGAAACUGUUACUAGCUUCUUAGACCUCCAUGACACCAAAGGGCAGUAGCUAAGAUGUAGAACCCUGUGACAAAUCUCAUGGUGUCGAGACAGGUUGCCCGGUCAGAUUCUAAGAUAAUUGCUCUGUAGCAAAAUUGAUGUCUGGUCUUGUAAUGGUGAGAUAUAGCAAUUUUCCAAUUAAUCUUCUAUAUUGAGUGAUAUCCUCCAAA